AUGACCCUCCUCUCUAGAUUUUUGGUUACUAAAGUGGUUACAAGAUACACACAAUCCCUAUACAACAAUCAGAAAAAUGGAACAAGUCUUACACUUUCUCUGAGAUUGCCUCAAAUCAGACCUUACACUUCGCCGUCUUCAAGGAUUCUGAGCAACGGGCAUCGUCAAAACCACACAUUGACUCUCUUCAAUAACGUAAAGGGAAGGUUUUUAGGUAGAAGCUAUUCGGUUGCAUCUGGAAGCUAUGUAGCUAAGCAAGUCCCUUGGAAAUGGCUUCUUCAUAGAAACUUGCCUCGGAUAAGUACAAUUGCUAAAGCUUUGAGUUUGUCUCUACCUCGUUCUUCGUACUUGUUGUUACCUGGUGUCUUGGCUCUUACUUGGAGACAGUUGGCAUGGACGAGAGUGGCGUGGGCGCAGCAAAGAACGGCUCCGGCUCAAAGUCCGGUGAUAGAUCGUUAUCAUUCGCAGUUUUCUCUUUAUAGAAGCGCCGUGAACAUACCUAUUGUGCUCUCUACUUUACUGUUCUCUGCAAUGGAAGGUGUGAUUCUGAUAGGGAGAGCUCUCUACUUAGCUGUUCUGCUUUCUCCGAAUCUUGUCAUGGCGUUGUUAGAGUUUACAUGCGGGCCUCGGUUUAGAAAACUGCGGCAUGAGGUUCUCCAUCGGACUCUGGAGAGAGCUGGUCCUGCUUUCAUCAAGUUUGGCCAAUGGAUUGCCACAAGGCCUGAUCGGUUCUCUAAAGAUUUGUGCUUGCAGCUCUCAAAGCUUCACAGUAAUGCUCCUGAGCAUAGCUUUGCAUUCACCAAGAAAACAAUCGAAAAUGCGUUUGGUCGUAAACUCUCUGAUAUAUUCGAGGAGUUCGAUGAGACUCCAGUGGCUUCAGGGAGCAUAGCGCAAGUCCAUAGAGCUACUUUGAAGUUUCAGUAUGCAGGACAAAAGAUCAAGUCCUCUGAAGUAGCUGUGAAAGUGAGACAUCCUUGUGUUGAGGAGACCAUGACUCGAGACUUUGUGAUCAUCAAUUUGGCUGCAAAGUUGACUACUUUGGUUCCGGGUUUGAACUGGCUUAGAUUGGAUGAAUGUGUGCAACAGUUUAGCGUCUACAUGUUGUCUCAAGUUGAUCUCUCAAGAGAAGCUUCUCAUUUGAGCCGGUUCAUAUACAACUUCCGUGCUUGGAAAGAUGUUUCUUUCCCUAAGCCAGUGUUUCCUCUUGUGCAUCCCUCUGUUUUGGUUGAGACGUAUGAGCACGGAGAGAGCGUGGCUCGUUAUGUAGAUGGCUCUGAAGGACAUAAAUGGCUUAAAGCUAAAGUAGCUCAUAUCGGAACUCAUGCUCUCUUGAAGAUGCUCCUGGUUGAUAACUUCAUUCACGCAGAUAUGCAUCCAGGGAACAUUCUUGUAAGGAAGAACGAUACUCGAAAAGGCUUUUUCAAAUCGAAGAAGCCACACAUUGUGUUCCUAGAUGUUGGAAUGACUGCAGAACUUUCCAAAACCGACCGAGAUAACCUUCUAGGUUUCUUCAAGGCGGUUGCGCGUAGAGAUGGACGUACCGCUGCUGAAAGUACGCUUAAAUUAUCUCGACAGCAGAAUUGUCCUAAUCCACAGGGCUUCAUCGAGGAAGUAGAAGAAGCGUUUAGAUUCUGGGGAACAGCAGAAGGAGAAUUAGUCCAUCCAGCGGAUUGUAUGCACGAACUAUUCGAGAAAAUGAGGCGUCAUAGAGUAAACAUUGAUGGCAAUGUCUCCACUGUGAUGUUUACAACAUUAGUUCUCGAGGGAUGGCAACGGAAACUUGAUCCGGGAUAUGAUAUAAUGAGGACGCUGCAGUCGAUGCUGCUGAAAACGGAUUGGGCUAAAUCACUUCCUUACACGAUCUAUGGACUGAUGGCUCCGUAG